GCCUUUCCGCGGCGAAUUGAAGAAUCGAUAAAAGAGGAACAUUUGAUUGGACGAUCAUUUUCAAAGAAAGAAGUCGUCGAAAGAGAACGAGUGAUCAGUCCAGAAAGAAGAAAUUUGAGGAACAAGAAAUUAUUACUAUCACCAAAAUGAAUUUUGUGUUUUUUAUUAUUUUUUCAUUUCUCUUAGGCUUUGUAGAAAAAUCGACGAGCCUUAGAAUAAUGGAGCCAGUCGCAUAUGCCUUCAAACAACAAUUUGGUGCAUAUAUCACCGUCAAUCAGUUGGAAGAAAUAUGUAGGAGAGAAAAUGAAGGCUUUGCACAUGAAGCGAUAAAACAAUAUUAUUCCGAGUUACCCCUUGUCAGGAAUCAAAUACGGAGGAAUUUAAUCCGAGGAAAAAGUACGAGCAAAGAUGUUUUUGACUUGGUCGAAAAAUAUUGCAUUGGAAAUGAAGACAUUGAAUUUGUAGCGCAGAAACUUUUUGAAGCAGGGGAAAAUUGCUUUAAAAAUAAAAAUCAUCCUAGCGAGGAGAGCAAAAAAUUAGGUGCAGAGGCUUUCGCUAAAUCUAUUUGCCUAGAGAUGUCUUCUAGACUUGACAACGAGUUCAAGCGUACUCCUUUGUAUGGAAUAAAUUAAAGAAUAAAUAAGAUUUUAGGAUUUUUCAAGCCCUAAAACAUCAAGCAGCAAAGAAGCCGAGUCCUAAGACGCCCUGAGCGAUUCUCUGCUGAGGAUUACAUUGGCUACACAAGGCAAGACCUCGAAAAUGAAAUUGAUACCCAGUGAACAAAGAUGGUCGACUUUUCGUUAAAGAAACUAAUGUAUCUUCCUGAAUAGUGUAAAGUAAAUCACACAUGUUUAAUUUACAGUUUGAACUGUACCAAAAAUAAAUAUAUUUAAAAUAUCUGGAUAAA